AUGGAGCCCAUCCCCAAGACGAUGCGCGCCCUUGGAGCGCGCAAGUAUUGCAAGCCAGACGAAUACGAGAUUAUGGAGGUUCCAGUACCCAAAAUCAAGGCCCCAGAUGAUGUCUUGAUUCAAAUUCACGCCGUAGGAAUCACCGUGGGCGAUGCCCUGGUCGCGGCAGGAACCGCCAGGAUGGUCUUCCCUUCGACUUUUCCCAUCAUACUUGGGCGGCAAGGAUCCGGCGUCGUCGUUGCCGUGGGCAGCGGUGUCAAAUCUCUCAGGAUCGGCGAUGCGGUGUACGGCGUCGGGCUCAAGCACCCCCUCCGCAAGGUCUACGGCAAUGGCAGCGGCGGGUGGUGUGCAGAAUACGCGCUGACCACCGAGGACCUGCUCCUCCCUAAGCCGCCGCAGGUCUCAUUCGAGGACGCGGCGGCAGUGCUGCCCAACCUGGUCACGGCGAUCCAGAACCUGCGGGCGAGCCUGAACAUGAACCCAAAGGCCUUCCCGGGUGGCUCGCUGGAGGGCAAGACGGUGCUUGUUGAGGCGGGCCUCGGGGCAUCGACGGCGAUCGGGGCGCAGUACAUAAAGAACGUGCUGGGAGCUAAGGAGGUCAUCGCGACGGUGUCGACGGCCAAGGUGCCGCUGGUGCAUGAGUACAUGCCUGGCGUCGUGGAUCGGGUGCUGGACUACCAGACACAAGACAUCGUGGCCGAGAUUGGGCGAGGCAGGGUCGACGUGCUGUACUCUGCACAACGGCACGUGAUGAGCCUGCUCCCAGUGAUGAACCCAGAACACGGCAUCAUGUCAGCCAUCGGCUUGCCAUCCUCGAGCGAGCUGAAGAAAAUCCUCGCGGGCGAUGGAGAGCGGCUCGCGUGGUGGAUGAGGCUACUGGUGGGGAUGGUGGGCCUGCUUGACCUCUGGUACAGGUGGAAGCUGCGCGGCACCAAUGUCCAGCUAAAGUUCGUGUCAGGAGCACUCGGCAUGAGAGAGGACGUCGAGAAGGCGGGCGAGAUCAUCGCUACCGGAAAAGUGAGGGCGGUCAAGACGCUUGUGUCUUUUGAUGAUCUCGAGGCUAUCAGGAAGGGAUGUGACCAGGCGAGGACCCUCAAGGGCAAGACUGGAUCUCUGGUCGUGAAGAUUGCGUGA